CUCUCCAUCUUCUCCUCCAUCGCAGGCGGGCAGGAUGGCCGAAGGCGCGGCGCUGCUCCUUUUCCUGCUGCUCCCGCGGGCCGGGCUGGCGGCCCUCGGCGCCGGCGCUUCUUCUCCUUCUUCAUCAUCAUCCCCUUCUUCUUCUUCUUCUUCUCCUUCUCCUCCUCCUCCGCCGCCUCCUUCGUCUUCUCCUCCGCCGGGAGACGGCGACCCUUUCUCGGCUCAACUGGGUGAUAUAUCCGCUUGCCAAGCGCGCUGCGCGCCCAGCCUCCGUCUCCAGACCCCCGGCGCCAAGGUAACCCACCCAGGGGCGCGCGGCGCAGGCUCCUACUCCGAGUAGACCCCUUGCCCCCAGAGGGGGAGACAGAGAGACAGAGAGAGGGAAAAACCCACGUUCAAGCUCGCCCCGUGGUUCCAAUGGGUCUACUCGGAGUCGGGGAUGGCGUUGCAGGCAAGCCAUUCAGAGAAAUGGCACCGCCGGACGCGCACGCCUCAAACGCGCAAGAUCCGUGCACGGCUAAAAGCGAAUGUUAUAUUUAAAAGCAGCAAAAUAUUUGCUCCUUCAGCACCCGAGAUGUGCGCGCGAUUAAAAGCGAUUCUAUUUAAAAGCAGGCGUAGAUUUUGCUCCUUUGAGCACCCGAAAUUCGUGCGCCAUUAAAAGCCAUCGCAUUGAAAAGCAGGGGUAGAUUUGCUCCUCGAAGCAACCCAAGAUUCGUGCUCAGUUAAAAGCGAUUGUCGUAUUUAAAAGCAGGAAUAAAUUUGAUCUUUUAGCGUCUAGGGUUUCUGCUCUUUCCAAGGUGGCCUUUUCCGCCAAGGUCUUGUUUUCGGUUCAAACGCACCCAGAAAUUACCGAGGAGAAUCAAAAAUAACGCAGAUAAAUAGCCUUUGAUGCCUGUCUCUGCCUGCGCCCCCCCCUCCUCGUGGCCCCCUAAACUGAGAAGAAUACCAGCAUCCAUCUUUUCCAGGCUGGAAGAAAAGAGAGACGGAAAAGGUUUAAGGGAAGAAAAAAACAGGAGGGGGAAAGCAAUUUUUAAAUAAAAAUGAAACAUGCCAUUUUAAAAUGAUCCGUUUUGAUUGGGGGGGGGGAGCAUAUUUGGUGUAUUGCUUUAUUUAGGUGCGAGGUGCUUUAAUUUAAUUUUUUUCCUGCAUGUGGGAUCUGCUGUCUGCAGGUACCAAUCCAUCACUGCCGCCUCCCGCUCGUCCUUCGGCAGAAAACCGCUUUGGAUAAAGAAGCCUCGCUCUGAUUUUUAUUUUUGUUUGUCUAUAGCCCCCCCCCCCCCACCAGCUAAAAUCCGCCCAUCUUUCUUUCGCAGACACGCAACCUAUACUUGUUUCCAAUUUCUGUGGGGCUCUCGGCCUCUGCCUUUGGGGGCUCAAAUACUUGGAGUAGACCCACUGGAACAAAAGGAGACGACUUGUGUGCCGUUCCGUUAAUGGGUCCGCGCUGCGUAGGAUUUAGCUGCAGACAACCCGAACUGUGCAGGGGAUUUCAUCUCCCAAAACAUCUUUUGUUCUUCUGCAUUCAGUUUUUAUUUGGAAGCCGUGUUUGCGACAUACACGAUUAAUUUUGUGCAGUGCUGCGAAAGGAGUAGGGGAUGCACUGAGAGAAGGGGACGCGAUUAAAAUAAGCAGGCCGAUGAUGCAAGCUAUGCUAUGAUUAUUUUUAAAUCCUUAAAUUCUUUAAGGCAUUUAAAAUUUCUUGGCCCAUUUAAAUACGGCCUCUGGUUUGGAGGUCAGUGUGGAGGAAUGGUGUGUGUUUGUGCGCGCCCCUGUUUUCCUCCGCUGCUUGCUGGCAAUUUCCCGAUAGACUGUUCCUGGCCAUGGAGGUUCUGUGCAGCCGCCCGCCUCCCUCCUUGGUGCUGAUCCGGAGCCAACGGAGGGGCGUGAAUUGUGUUGCUGAAUCGGGUCAAAGAGGCUUCCCUCAUGUCCUUCCUGUCAGUCAAAUGUUCCUGGGACAAUCGCAAAGGUGAUGCAGCGAAAACUUUAAACCCUCCCUCUAAUUCCGCAGGAAGGCAAAUUAAAAAUAAGAAUAAUAUUUUUUUUCCCCUCUCCGUCGGAUUAAUUUUAAAAACGUCCUCUUUAGGCUUGCUUUUAUUUCAUUUUUCUGUUCUCAAAUUGAAUUUUCUAUUCAUUAAAGAAGACUUCGGCCCGUUUCCCAACCUGCUGUCGAAAGGCAUCUAUUUAUCUGUUUCGUAAGAUCUUUGCACCGCUGGAUUGUAAAAAGGAAGGCAAACGGGAAAAACCUCAGGGCAGUUUGCAAAAAAACCCCCCAAAACCUCAAAGUUAGUGCAGAGAUGGACAGUACGCUUAGGUAAACAAGGAAGGGUAGAUUUGGGUUGAACAUUAAGGAUCCCUGACCAUUAGGUCCAGUCGUGAUCGACUCUGGGGUUGUGUGCUCAUCUCGCUUUAUUGGCCGAGGGAGCCGGCGUACAGCUUCCGGGUCAUGUGGCCAGCAGGACUAAGCCGCUUCUGGCGAACCAGAGCAGCGCACGGAAACGCCGUUUACCUUCCCGCCGGAGCGGUACCUACCGUAUUUUUCGCUCUAUAACACGCACCAGACCAUAACACGCACGUAGUUUUUAGAGGAGGAAAACAAGAAAAAAAUUAUUCUAAACGAAACAGUGGAUGUAUGAUUUUUGUGGUUCAUGCUGUGGCCACAGACAUGUGAUCUGACAGUGAGUUUGGAGUAGCCCAAUGCAAAAAUCCUGAGGAUCCAUGUGGAUCCAUGCUUUGUAACCACGUUUUAAGUGGGGAGGGAAGGAAAAGCACUCAAGGGACAAGGAGCACGCAUGGGGUGUGUGGAGAAGGAUGCUGCUAAUAAUGCUAUUUAGCGAGCUGAGUGGGGAGGAGAGAGGGACAGAGAGCCUGCUUGCUUUAAAGGAACCAACCGGACAGGAGCCGCUUACACUCGUGUAAGCGGAUCCUCUCCUCUCCCGCUUUGCUCCUUUAAAGAAGCAGGCUCUCUGUCCCUCUCUCCUCCCCACUCAGCGGCUCUUCUCCCGCUUUGCUGUUUCAAAGCGAGCCACGGAGGAGGGAAGGAAGGGGAACCAUGGAUCCUCUUCUCACGACUGCAGCAGAUCCCCCCGCCAUCUGUAGGCAUUCGCUCCAUAACACGCACAGACAUUUCCCCUUACUUUCUAGGAGGGAAAAAGUGAGUGUUAUGGUGCAAAAAAUACGGUAUUUAUCUACUUGCACUUUGACGUGCUUUCGAACUGCUAGGUUGGCAGGAGCAGGGACCGAGCAACGGGAGCUCACCCCGUCAUUGCGGGGAUUCGAACCACCGACCUUCUGAUUGGCAAGUCCUAGGCUCUGUGGUUUAACCCACAGCGCCACCCGGGUCCCUAGGUUGAACAUUAGGUGAGAGCAAUUUGACAAGCGAGACAUUAACCAGGAGGGGUACCUGAGUUUUUGUAUCUCAGGGUUGCCUGCAUUAAGCGAUGUGCAUGGAUAUAAAAUAUAUAUAUUUUUAUUUACUUGUGUUAUUUAUAUGCAAGCAUUUGGCGCUGUGAGUUAAACCACAGAGCCUAGGACUUGCCGAUCAGAAGGUCGGGAGUUCGAAUCCCCGCAAUGACGGGGUGAGCUCCCGUUGCUCGGUCCCUGCCCCUGCCAACCUAGCAGUUCGAAAGCACGUCAAAGUGCAAGUAGAUAAAUAGGUACCGCUCCGGCGGGAAGGUAAACAGCAUUUCCGUGCGCUGCUCUGGUUCGCCAGAAGCGGCUCAGUCCUGCUGGCCACAUGACCCGGAAGCUGUACGCCGGCUCCCUCGGCCAGUAAAGUGAGAUGAGCGCCGCAACCCCAGAGUCAGUCAUGACUGGACCUAAUGGUCAGGGGUCCCUUUACCUUUACCUUAAAUCUGUCCCUAUUGAAAUAAAUUAAAUAAAUUGUCCAGUUGCACCUUAGAGACUAACUAAGUUUGUUCUGGGUAUAUAAGCUUUCGUGUGCAUGGACCCUUCUUCAGAUACCCUGAAACAGAAGUCACCAGACCCUUAGAUAAAUAGAUAGAUAAAAUGUAACGAAAUCUGCAAUAAAAAAAGGAAUAUACAACGGGAUAGACAGGGAGUCCAAAGUGUUGGUACAUAUACGAUUUUGGAAUAGUUUUUUGUCCUUGUUUCUUUUCUUUAGGUAUAUAAACUUUGUAUACAUGCUGAAAAAAUUAUAUUAUAAUAAGCCUUGACAUGUAAUAUGAUAAUGUUAACCGAUGUAACUUAAGAACGUUAAUAAAUAAAUAAAACUCUCAUAUAAAAUACGAGUCGUCCUCAGGAGAAAACCAGCUUGCUCCCUCUUCUCUGUGACAGCCCUUCAGAUAUUUGGAAUAUGGCUCUCCUAUCUCCUCUUCUCCAGGUUAAACAUACCCCGCUCCUUCAACCAUUCCUCAUCAGGCUCGGUUUCUAGACCCUUUGACCAUCUUGGUCACCCCAAGAAUAUCCUUGUCGAUACCCUUCUUAAAUUGUGCUUCCCAGAACACAGGACUCCCAAGUUGGUUCUGACCCAGCCAGAACAGAUUACCCGACCGGGACACUAGAUCUUCUGCGGCGUUUUCCAACUUUUAAACAUUGGCUGAAAACUUUUCCAACCAGGCAAUUAAAACAGUUCCUUCCAAAACGGUUCAUCGCCGCCCAUUUUUCAACGAAUGGUUUUUAUUGCCCUUAGCAGCAAACAUAUACACAAGAGAGACAGGGGCCUGCAAAUAUUUCCUUUGAUAAAUAUUUUAAAAAUAUAUCUCAGCCACCCACCCGUACAACGCCCCUUGAAGGUAGGCACAUAUCUUGUCAGGCUUUCCCCUGUAUUCUAGGCUCGGGGUGGCGGGGUCUGAACUCACAUCUCCCCGCUCAAAACUACCUUUUUUGUUUUCCUGCUCUCCACCUGCAUAGCCCUAAACCUCUGGCUCCCAUCCUUUGGUCACACCUAGACGUGACCAAGAGACCGAACGUUGGGAUUGGGUUUUGUAUAGGGUGAAAUCGAAGGAAACAGGACCGGGAGGGAACUAUGAUUCUGUGACAGCGGUGGGACAUUGUUGUUGUUGUUGUUGAGUUGUUUAGUCGUGUCCGCCUCUUCGUGACCCCCUGGACCAGAGCACGCCAGGCACUCCUGUCUUCCACUCCCUCCCGCAGUUUGGUCAAACUCAUGUUGAUCUCUUCGAGAACACUGUCCCACCAUCUCCUCCUCCGUCGUCCCCUUCUCCUUCUGCCCUCCAUCUUUCCCAACAUCAGGGUCUUUUCCAGGGAGUCUUCUCUUCUCCUGAGGUGGCCAAAGUCUUGGAGCCUCAGCUUCAGGAUCUGUCCUUCCAGUGAGCACUCAGGGCUGAUUUCCUUCCGAAUGGAGAGGUUGGAUCUUCUUGCAGUCCAUGGGACUCUCAAGAGUCUCCUCCAGCACCAGAAUUCAAAAGCAUCCAUUCUUCGGUGAUCAGCCUUCUUUAUGGUCCAGCUUUCACUUCCAUACAUCACUACUGGGAAAACCAGAGCUUGAACUAUACGGACCUUUGUCAGCAAGGAGAUGUCUCUGCUUUUUAAGAUCCUGUCAUUGUGCGGGACAUGCACAAUGCUUUAAUUUCUCUCUCCUCUCUUCCCUCCCCCCCAUAAUAUUUUUUUCCAGGAUGCCGUCCUCAACGCCUGCUACCGGGGCUGCCGGCUGUUUUCCAUCUGUCAUUUUGUGGACGCCACGGCCGACUUGAACGCAACGAGAGUCGAGUGCGAAUCGGGUGAGCCCGCGCCCCUCCUCCUUACAAACAAAGCCCCCCCCCCCCGUCUCCAAACCUUGCUCGGUUACAUUAUCCAGAACUUCCUUUCCACUUAAACGGCUGUCAUCUCCACACUGCCUAUAUUCUGCAACCGAUUCCCACAGACAGCCGAGCGGAGGGGAAGGAUAAUGGAAAAUUGCAGGUGGGGACAGGCACGAAACAAGGAGGGAACCCUCCCCUCGUAGGAUGUGAUUAACUCUGCAAUAAACUCUGUCUUUUUGAAGGCAGUAAAGUCUUUCAGUCGGGAGGUAGCAAAACCAGAGCAGGGACUCGUUCAGGGAGUUGACACGUACCCUCCUUUCGGAAGCAGGUUGUUCUCACUGGGAGAUUCCCCCCAAACUCGCAGCCAAGUGCAGAGAUGCGACAGUGCGCCUCGCCCCAUCGGAAAGAGCGCAGACUCACGCAGAGACGCGGCGGGUAACCUCUCUUUCCCCCCAAUCUCUUCCUCCCCACCCCCCUCGACAAUUCAGCCUGUAUGGAAGCUUACGCUGGCGGCGAUGAACAGUUUGGCUGCACGACGGGAUGCAGGACUCAGCUGCCGGAGACAGACAGCCGGGGAGAGAAGGUAAUUUGUCUCCUAAACCAGUGCUGGAUUUACGUAUAAACUAAACAAGCUUAGUUUGGGGGCCCCAAGAAAAUUAAAGGGGAAAAAACUGGAUGUGCAUUUCCAAAAUAUAAGAUAAAAAACAAAAUAAAACCUACAUACAGCAACAGUGUUUUGAGUUGUGUAGGCUCCUAUGGUGUGUAAGUCAGUGGUGUUUGGGGACUACAAUUCCCAUCACCCCUGACCACUGGUCCUGUUAGCUAGGGAUGAUGGGAGUUGUAGUCCCAAAACAGCUGGAGGGCCAAGUUUGGCCAUCACGGAUGUAAGUCAUGGGCCCCACCUGCUCCCUAAAAUACAGUGGUGCCUCGCAAGACGAAAUUAAUUCGUUCCGCGAGUUUUUUUGUCUUGCGUUUUUUUUCAUCUUGCGAAGCACGGUGUCAGAAAAGUUUUGGAAAAGCUUCAAAAAUCACCAAAGUCUUCAAAAACCUCAAAAAAGGCUACCACACCGCGUGCUAUGAGUUGCUCCUCGAAGUCAAGCCGCAACUGUAUUAACGGUUUUAAAGAAAAAGGAAACAAACUUGCAAGACGUUUCCGUCUUGCGAAGCAAGCCCACAGGGAAAAUCGUCGUGCGAAGCAACUCAAAAAACCAAAAACCCUUUCAUUUUGUGAGUUUUCCGUCUUGUGAGGUACCACUGUAUCCCUGGUUUGCUCCUUUCUAUAUAUAGGGUGCCUACAUUCUGCAUGGACUGGUUACAUGGCAACAUGGGCAAAUGGCUUGAGAUACCUAUUAGGUCCAUAAAUUGCCAUAUGGCAUAUAUUCAACACAAAAAACAGUGACAAUUUGUGGUUGGCAAAGGACAGCUGGACAUAUAAAGGGCCCCGUUACCUUCAGUAGCUUAGGGCCUCAUCAAACCUAAGCCAUGUCCUAAGCCUUUUUCUAACGGCGAAUGUGCAGAGACCCUGGAUAAUUUGCAGAUAAAUUGUAAACACAUAAGAACAUCGGCAGGAUUAUUGCAACUGCUAUUGCAGUUUUAUAGGAGCAUAUAUUUAAAGCAGAUGAAUAAAUGAGCAAAUUAAGUUAAUUGGGACACGCAGAAGAUGUUAAAAAUAAGGAACCGCAGAAAGAGGGGGGAAGGAAGUCAAGUUUCGAAAUGUUGAAAUGAUUUCAAAAUCGGUGAAAUGUAUAAACUUGAAAAGCAUAAAUAAACUUAAAACAAAUAAAUAAAUUAAACCGCAAACAAGCCUAAAAGGGGUGCUGGAAUCCCAAACCUCUCUCUUCGAAAGCACGGCAUACAGAUUACUACUAAACUGGCAAAUGUGUGGGUUUGGCGUCGAAAUCUCAGCCUAGAGGGAUGGAGUCACUGCUUUCGCCAGUUUUGUGAGACCGAUCAAAGUGUCAGGGGGGGAAAUAUAUGUGUGUUGGGGGAUGAGAGAGCCAUUCUUUAGUCUUAAAAACAGCUUAGGAGGCUGGUUCCUGCAGACAUUUCCUCCAAAGCCAAGCCGUGGGCAGGGAACAUCCUGUUGCCCAAACAACUCCUCCUGCCACCUGUCGCUGCGGGCAGAGUGUACGUCUGCAAAUGUGUGUCGGCGCAGGCUUUUGGAUCGCAACGUGGGCUGCAGGGAUUGCCUUUCUGAAUCCUGACAAGACAGAAGGACUGUUUUUGGGGGAGAGGGGGCGGGCAGGUGUGGGGGACUCCCUGGUCCUGAAUGGGGUCACUGUGCCCCCAAAGGACCAGGUGCGCAGCCUGGGGGUCAUUUUGGACUCACGGCUGUCCAUGGAGGCGCAGGUCAGUUCUGUGUCCAGGGCAGCUCCAUCUGGUACGCAGGAUGAGACCCUCCCUGCCCACAGACUGUCUCACCAGAGUGGUGCAUGCUCUGGUUAUCUCUCGCUUGGACUACUGCCAUGCACUCUACGUGGGGCUACCUUUGAAGGUGACCCGGAAACUACAACUAAUCCAGAAUGCGGCAGCUGGACUGGGGACUGGGAGCGGCUGCCAAGACCGCAUAACACCGGUCCUGAAAGACCUUCAUUGGCUCCCAGGACAUUUCCGAGCACAAUUCAAAGUGUUGGUGCUGACUUUUCAAGCCCUAAACGGCCCAAGUAUACCUGAAGGAGCGUCUCCACCUCCAUCGUUCUGCCCGGACACUGAGGUCCAGCUCUGAGGGCCUUCUGGCAGUUCCCUCCCUGCGAGAAGCGAGGUUGCAGGAAACCAGGCAGAGGGCCUUCUCAGUGGUGGCACCCCCCCUGUGGAACGCCCUCCCGUCAGAUGUCAAGGAAAUAAACAACUAUCUGACUUUUAGAAGACAUCUGAAGGCAGCCCUGUUUAGGGAAGCUUUAAGUGUGUGAUGUUCUGUUGUGCUUUUAAUAGUCUGGUGGGAGCUGUCCAGAGUGGCUGGGGAAGCCCAGCCAGGUGUGCGGGGUAUAAAUAAAAUUAUUAUUGUUAUUAUUAUUAUUAUUAUUAUUAUUAUUAUUAUUAUUAUUAACCUUGCAGAUAGGUGAGGGGGUUGAGGACAGGCCCACCCAUUAGGACUCUCUUACUUAGUUGCAGUUCUUGCAACCCGGCUGGUUCUUUCGCGGCGAGGACACUGAUGGUCUUAACGCCUAUAACUGAAUGAAUAAAUCAGUCUUAUUUCCCCAUAUACUUGGUCUGGGUACGACAUCAUCCCCUCCACACACCUGUAAGAAACCGACCUUUCAGGGUUUGGGGAGUUUUCAGAUUGGCUCACACCUAUCUUCGCACAGGUGCUGGACCCAAAACCCGCCUCGUUCUCCGUCUUUGACCUCGUCUCCAGCUUCUGCAACGAUAUUGUCAGUUCAGCGCAGAGUUUUAUUUCCUCCACGUGGACCUUCUACCUUCAGGCGGACGAUGGGAAAGUCGUCGUUUUCCAGGUGGGUGCUGCUGGCAGGGUUGGGGAGCGGGUGGCAAAACCAGGGAGCGGUGGGUGGGGGGAGACUCGAACAAAACAGAGGAAGGGUGCUUUAUUAUUAUUAUUUUACACACAAGUGAUGUUGUUGUUGUUGUUUAGUCGUGCCCGCCUCUUCGUGACCCCCUGGACCAGAGCAUGCCAGGCACUCCUGUCUUCCACUGCCUCCCGCAGUUUGGUCAAAUUCAUAUUUGAGAACACUGUCCCGCCAUCUUGUCCUCCGUCGUCCCCUUCUCCUUGUGCCCUCCAUCUUCCCCAACAUCAGGGUCUUUUCCAGGGCGUCUUCUCUUCUCAGGAGGUGGCCAAAGUCUUGGAGCCUCAGCUUCAGGAUCUGUCCUUCCAGUGAGCACUCAGGGCUGAUUUCCUUCCGAAUGGAGAGGUUGGAUCUUCUUGCAGCCCAUGGGACUCUCAAGAGUCUCCUCCAGCACCAGAAUUCAAAAGCAUCCAUUCUUCGGCAAUCAGCCUUCUUGAUGGUCCAGCUCUCACUUCUAUACAUCACUACUGAGAAAACCAUAGCUUGAAUAAUACGGACCUUUGUCGGCAAGGAGAUGUCUCUGCUUUUUAAGAUGUUGUCUAGGUUUGUCAUUGCUCUUCUCCCAAGAUUAUCACAAAGUGAUAAUCAUGCAACAAUAAGAAUUAAAAUGGGCACCCGGCACACGCGAGAGCAUUCCUUUGUAACUAUCUAACCUCCCGAGAUUUCAACACCUUUUGCGAUGGUUUGACCCCUUUUCCAUUUUAACAGUACGAAUUCUACAGACACCUUCCGUAUCUCCUCAUAAAAUCAUUUCUCCUGGAGUAAAUAUACGAACUAUUUGCAAAGCGAUUGUAAUGAACAGAUUAAGCUAGUAGGACUGCAAGAAGUUCUGUAAGGAUAUUUGAAACAUUGCAAGAAAGACUAUGAGGAUAAUUAUGGCUUAAUGAUAAUGAAGAGCAACAGAGAUUAAGAAAUGCAGAAUAAAGAACAGAAAAUCAUCAGAGGUGUUGACGGAAGUCUAAAAUAUUGUGUAAGAUAAGAAGUUAUAUGAUUGCUGGAAAUGAUAUGUUAAAAAAACUAAUAUAUAUAGAUAUAUAUAAUUUCUCCUGUGUAUUCCCCGUCUUAGGAGGCUGUGAGGGAACUGCCAUCAGUGCCAGAGGGAGAGAGCAAGAUCCAGAGGGAUUCCGGAGAGCAUCCCGGGAUUGGGAGAGGCAGCCCAUCUUCUGGGGAAGAGAAUCAGCGUAGCACCAGUGCAGAAGGGGGGCAGAUGGGGGAAGUGGUGAGGCAGUCCCAUGACUCCUUGCCGGGGACCAGCGGGGAGAGUAGGGGUCCUCCGUUGCCCACGCCCUCCUUGCGCAGAAGGCUUUCUCGCAGAGAGAGUAGGAGGAGACUAGGCGUCAAAGAGCUUCUUUGCUGGAAGAAGUUUAAAAAACGCCCACUGACGGAUUCUGCCAGCGAUUGAGGCAGCCACGGGUGAGUGGCUGUCCGGACAGAAAAGGUUCACUCAGGCAACCCAGCCAGGUGUUUGCACCGGCUUACGCACGAGCAACCCCUAGAACCAUUACAGAGGCAAACCGCAAUAUACGGGAAACAUGCUCUGCAGAAGCGAUCCCUGUGCAUUUCGAAGGUUUCAUAUGUAACCAGAUGCCCUCAUUGCAAGGGAUUGAACUAGAUGCCUCUAGGGGCCCCAGCCGAUUCUGCGAUUCUAAAGACUGUCCUUCUUUUUGUCCUCAGUCUCAGCCAGAGAUCGAGUAUCCGGUUCCAGAGGUCCAGGCGCCCAAAUCGGAGGUUAUGGAGAAGGCGUGGGCGCCAUCCACCUCCAACACUUUGAAGCCCCACACAGGUAAGAGAGUAUUGAAUUUGCUAGUAUUAUUAUUAUUAAUCGCCUCUUCUGGUCUGCCCCGCAGAGGACCUUAAGGUCCAUGGAUAAUCAUAGUUUCGAGGUCCCAGGCCCUAAGGAAGUCAGACUAUCCUCCACCAGGAACAGGGCCUUCUCAGUGGUGGCUCCGACCUGGUGGAAUGCUCUGUCCCAUGAGACCAGGGCCCUGCAGGAUUUUACCUCCUUCCGCAGGGCCUGUAAGACAGAACUAUUCCGCCUGGCUUUCAAUUUGAACUUAGCCUCAUCUUUUAUUCCCCUUCCUUCCCUCCUCUUCCCCUUUUUAUGAAGAUUCCCCGCUCUGGGAUCCCACAGCUAAUUCUCCCCUGGCCUCCUCGCUGGCCCAAAUUGGACUAACUUAGCCAGCUAGCCCUGGUGAUCAUCUAAUGUCUGUUGGAUGGAUUUCCCCCCAAAUUGAUUUUUGAAUUCUGAAUUUAUUGUUAUUCACGUUUUAUAUCGUAUUUCAUGCUGUUUUUUGUUGCAUUAAGUGUUUUAAAUUUGUUGUUAGCUGCCCUGAGCCUGUUUUUUUGAACCGGGAAGUGCAGGGUAUAAAUAAAAACUUAUUUAUUUGUUAUUAUUUAAUCGCCUGCCCUUCAAGCCAAGGUCCCAGGGCAGGAUGCAACCCUUAAAAGGCAAAACGGAAAGCAGUUUUAAACAACUCACAAUCACAGAAAUAUGGCACGUGCGGAAAAGACACAUCUCAUGUGUCGGAAGGCCACAGAGGUGCAUCUUUUGCAUUCGCCAUAAGUUGCGCUCGAUGCACCUCUGUGGAGAGGGGUCUCCGCAGUUUAGGGGUCGAAGUGAUUUAUUGCAUGGCGAUUUGCACCAGCUGGAGCCUUCGUAUGACGGCAAGCCUGCUUGGAAACGAUUUUUAUUCUAUGAUUCAAAAUUAAUUUAUUUUCUUGAGAUAUUUUUUGUAAUCCAUUUGUUUUCAAAAAUUGGUCUAAAUCUGUUUCUUUCAUUGGCCCUUGAGUAUAUAAUCGUUUAAAGUACUUCUGGAAACAACUUCUGAUCUCUGCAGGGUUCUGUAUAUUUCUUCCUUCCACUUCUAAGUUCGUAAUCGUAUUUAAUUUUUGUCUCUUUUUCAUUUGCCAUGCCAACAAUUUGCCACAUUUAUUGGCCGACUCAAAAGUCUUUUGUCUCAUUUGUUUAAUUUUCCAUUCUAUUUCCUGAUUCAUCAUUUUCAUAUAUUGUACUUGAUAUAACUUUAACUCUCUCAAAAUCUCUUGAGAUUUGGGAUUUACUCUCAGUCUUUUUCACAUUCAUUUAUUUUGUCCAUUAUUUUAUCCUUCUUCUCAUUUUGAGUUCUUUUCUUUAUCGCAUUCUGUUGUAUUAAGAACCCUCUCAUAACCGCUUUACUUGCGUCCCAGAUUACUCUUUUCUCCACGUUGGAACUAAGAUUUAUCUCGAAGUAAUCUCUCAGAGUUUUUUGGGCCUUCUUGAGAAAUUCUUCAUCUCUAAAUAAGGUGUCAUUCAUCUUCCAUCUGAAGGAGCCAGUUGGUGUUAGUCUCAUUUCCAUCUUAACAGCAUUGUGCUCGGAGCAAAUUUUCGGGCAGAUUUCCACCUUUCUUGUCUUUGGUGCCAUUCCUCUAGUUAUCCAAAUUUGGUCAAUUCUUGUCCAUGUGCUUGGAAACGAUUUUUAACAUCCUUGCAAAACCCAGGGCGCCGGGGGAAUUUGGGAACGCCGCAAAACCGCUCCUGGAUUUAUUGCAAACUUUCCCUCUCCCGGCUGGUGUCGGCGGUUUGCAUUAUUUCCCCGGUCCUCCACUUAUGGGUCUCUUUUUCUGCCCCCUAUUUCCCUCCCCGCACGCUUUCUUUGCCCCUUCAGGCCUUCGGGAGAAACCCCCCGUGGAGGAGCCGAAAGCCAGAGCGAAAUCGUCGCCCCCGGCAGAGACCCAGGCGCCCCCAGAACACGACUUUCUGGGCUGCAUGUCCAAGUAAAGAAGUGGGGAGGGGGAGGCGAUAUUUGGGGUACAGGGAGAGGAAUGGGGGGUGGGAUAGAGGAUAAAUGUGCAGACAGAGGCUGUCAUGGGUCCAGGAUACGUGGGGGGGAAAGGACGCCAAUAUCCGCUUUAUUUUCGUAUUUAUUUGAUUUUUUGUUUGGAAAGUCAGGUUCCUAGACCUCAUAGAGCCAAAGUUAUGCUCAGAGUCUGUGGUUGGUGCCUGAAGUUCUGCAAAGCGGUUGGGCAAAAAGGAGGUGUGUGUGUGGGGGAAACCUUCCCAUCUUUGCCCCCCCACAUUAUCACCACCAGCAAACAACAUAAACAAACCAUAGGCACUAACUAACAACAUAAUCCUUUGACAUUACACGUACUUUAACUCCCAACUCGCCUCAUUGUGCUUUUUGCACCCUACCAGCUCCUGCCAACCCAGCAGUUCGAAAGCACGUCAAAGUCCAUGUAGAUAAAUAGGUCCCGCUCCGACGGGAAGGUAAACGGCGUUUCCGUGCGCUGCUCUGGUUCGCCAGAAGCGGCUUAGUCCUGCUGGCCACAUGACCCGGAAGCUGUACGCCGGCUCCCUCGGCCAGUAAAGCGAGAUGAGUGCCGCAACCCGAGUCGGCCACGACUGGACCUAAUGGUCAGGGGUCCCUUUACCUUUAGGGAUGCGGGUGGCGCUGUGGGUUAAACCCCAGAGCCUAGGACUUGCCGAUCAGAAGGUCGGCGGUUCGAAUCCCCGCAAUGAUGGGGUGAGCUCCCGUUGCUCGGUCCCUGCUCCUGCCCACCUAGCAGUUCGAAAGCAUGUCAAAGUGCAAGUAGAUAAAUAGGUACUGCUCCAGCGGGAAGGUAAACGGCAUUUCCGUGCGCUGCUCUGGUUUGCCAGAAGCAGCUUAGUCCUGCUGGCCACAUGACCCGGAAGCUGUACGCCGGCUCCCUCGGCCAAUAAAGCGAGAUGAGCGCCGCAACCCCAGAGUCGGCCACGACUGGACCUAAUGGUCAGGGGUCCCUUUACCUUUACCUUUAUCCUAUACACACUUAUUAUUAUUAUUCUUUCCCGCUACUGGUCAAAGGAAAUUUUCAUUUUUAUAAUUUCCUUACACUUCUAAAUCUGUCAGGAGCAUUGCACGGCCGCAAUACUUUUUAAGAUAUUCUUUAAAUAUUAUCCAAUCUUUACUAACUUUCUGGUUUGAUUUCCCUCUUAUUCUCCCAGUCGUUUUCGCAAGUUCUAAAUAUUCGCUUGCCAAUCAUUUUGUUCUUUUUUGUGGGAAUUCUAUCGCCUUCCCAAUUUCCAGCUUUUAAAAUCCUAGCCGCUGUGGUUGCCUACACGAAAAGGGUUCUUUUUCCGUAUUUCAUUGGAAAUUGUAUUGUAAGCAAACCUUUGAGGGGCGGGGCCAGAGGCGAGGAGGCGGGGCCAGCUGGGAAAGUGGGCGGGGUGCAGAUGGCGGAGGGGCGGAGCUCCCACGGAAGGGAUACUCACCUGGCCAGACUCACCUGUUCCCCUCUUCCACGUUGUUGACGGUCCUUUCCCCCCACCCUUUCCCCACCCUCCGCCGGCCCCCCUCCCCGUUUCCCUCUCCCCCACCAGCCAGUUCGAAGCGUCCGCCCCCUCCAUGGCCGGCCAUAAUCUCGUCGUGUCUCUCUGGUGGGGGGCCUCUGGGUGUUACAGACGUUCGGGGCUUCCGCGAUGGAUCUUGGCCGCUUGUCUCUUCCUUUCCAUCAUGGUGAUGUUGUGGCUCAGUUGCGCGAGCUUGGUGACCGCUCCCGAUCAGCACGUCAAGACGCAGGUAUGGCUUGGGGCCACAGCCCCACGAUGCAUCCAUACUCUUCCCUAGGCAGCCACAGCUGUCCAUGGAGGCACAGGUCAAUUGUGUGUCCAGGGUAGCUCCAUCUGGUAUGCAGGAUGAGACCCUCCCUGCCCGCGGACUGCCUCGCCAGAGUGGUGCAUGCUCUGGUUAUCUCCCGCUUGGACUACUGCCAUGCGCUCUCCGUGGGGCUGCCUUUGAAGGUGACCCGGAAACUGCAAUUAAUCCAGAAUGUGGCAGCUAGACUGGGGACUGGGAGGGGCCGCCGGGACCCCAUAACACCGGUCCUGAAAGACCUACGUUGGCUCCCAGGAUGUUUCCAAGCACAAUUCAAAGUGUUGGUGCUGACCUUGAAAGCCCUAAACGGCCUCAGCCCAGUAUACGUAAAGGAGCCUCUCCAACCCCAUUGUUCAGCCCGGACACCAGGGUCCAGCUCCAAGGGCCUUCUGACGGUCCACUCCCUGCGAGAUGAGAGGUUGUGCAGGGAGCCAGGCAGAGGUCGCACAGCCUGGGAGUCAUUUUGGACUCACAGCUGUCCAUGGAGGCACAGGUCAAUUCUGUGUCCAGGGCAGCUCCAUCUGGUACGCAGGAUGAGACCCUCCCUGCCCACAGACUGUCUGGCCAGAGUGGUGCAUGCUCUGGUUAUCUCCCGCUUGGACUACUGCCAUGUGCUCUACGUGGGGCUACCUUUGAAGGUGACUCGGAAACUGCAAUUAAUCCAGAAUGCGGCAGCUAGACUGGGGACUGGGAGCGGCCGCCGAGACCACAUAACACCGGUCCUGAGAGAUCUGCAUUGGCUCCCAGGACAUUUCCGAGCACAAUUCAAAGUGUUGGUGCUGACCUUUAAAGCCCUAAAUGGCCCAGUAUACCUGAAGGAGCAUCUCCACCCCCAUCGUUCUGCCCCGUGGCGUUAGCAAAAUAUUCUUUCGAAGGAAAAUAAACGGGCAAAUCUUCUUCUUUCUUUCCUCACAGCCCCUGAGUAUCAACGGAGACAAGGAAUACCUGGAAGACCUAGAUAGCUCCCUUCCAUAUUCCCUCCGGCCCGUAAUCGCCGUCGCCAUCUGCCCAGCGGAGAACGAGGAAGCGGCGCUCCUGCCCGUCAAAGUGGAUUUAGACAAGACCGCCCUCUAAGGACGCCCCCUGCCCCUUAUCCCACCUUGAACCCCUCCACCACCAACCUCCCCUUGUACCCCCUCCAACACCCCAGAUUUCCUCUUGUUUUCCAUCAAGCCCCUCGUCGCAACACCACCCUUUCCGACAUCACCUGCUGUCUCGCCCAGGUUUCUUGAACUCGGUACCUUACUGGCAGAGGCGAAGGCAGGGCCUCAUAUUUUUUAGCAGUGACGUCUUGCGGGUUGGGAAGGGGCAGGUGGUCGUGGUUUCCGAAACCACAAUUUGAAACCAACUCGCCGUUCUCUGGGUAAAGGCUGCAGAAGGGUAGGCAGAGUUCGGCCUGCUCCGGUCCCGGGUUCAAAUCAACGUGUCUCUGAGCAGGGCUGGCAUAGGGGGCAGGCACACCCCCCCCCCCUGCCUGGAACGAUGCCAAACUCGACAGGCGAUUCGGCUCAGUAUUAAGGCAGCGUUCCUGCUUGAAUUCGGAACGAAAGAGGACAAGAACCUCGCUUCGCUUCCGAGCUCAGCGACUCAGAGUCCGGGAGGUCCCGAGUUCAGGUCCCGACAUCUCCCAACAAGGCCUGGGUGCGAACGUCCCCUUCAUACCAUUCGGAACCUGUGUCGUUUUUGGUGGUGCCCGGUUUUUGUUCCGUUUUGCACUGAUGUCCGCUGGGGGGGUGUCCCCAUCUCCUACACCCCUCCCGGCACGCAACCCGUGACCCCCUGGCACUUAAGGGGUGGCACACGCCAGCUUUGAUCGCUUGUACAUUUCGCCUAACGCUCGUUUCUCUUGUACAGAGGUUUAACUUAUUUCCCACCUCCUUCAAUCUCUUUCUCCCGCCCUCAUCAGGUGGCCCUUGCCGUCCGUAAAUUCUGAAGCGAUGAGACUCUUUAAAAAACGCGUCCCCAAAUAUCAGGUGUGGAAGGCAGUCAGCCAGGGGGCGGAUAUAUAAUUUUGGGUCGUUUUGCUAUCAGUAUCCAUCCCAGCUUCCGCAACGGGUUCACCCUAUAUGUAAAAAAAGCUGAGCCACCAUUUGUACAAUCUUCUCAACUGAAUAAAGCUGUUUUUCCCCAAACCUCCCAGUCUCUUCUUCCCACUGCCACCCAUUUUUUGGGGCAUCGAAAAAUAGCAAGACUUUGGUGGAGCUAAGCUAGGCCCCCGCACCUAUCUAUCUUAACCCUAUAUAUCUCUUAAUAAACCUUUUCGUCAGUCCUGGAAGUGUUGUCAAGAGGAAUGGUUUGUUCUUAAGUUGUUUUUUCCCCUAUUUGAUAACAAAAAUCAGGUCCAGGGUGCGGAAGAAGUUGGGACACGUAAUAAUAAGGAUAAUAAUUUUGUUAUCUGUUACCCUGUCGACCUGGCUCGACUGCCCCAGAUCCUUUUUAAUCCGAAAGGGGAAGUGCAGUUUUUGUUUGUUGGAAACAACCCAGCAGCCCAAAGCUGUGGGGUAUUUUUGGGGAGACAGGAUGGGGCAGGACUAUAGGGAACAACAGGAUUUCGGUUGUUGGGUCUUCAGCUCCAAUCAGUCCUAGCUAGCACAACCGACGACGGAGGACGGUACCCCAGAAACAUCUGAAUUUCUAAAGGUUCCCCUUUAUCUUCGGGGUAGGGCGCCGUCUUGCAAAUACAAAGCUGCUGGCCCAAAGAAAAUAACCUUGGUUGUCGAAUUGCACAAAUUCUACCGGACCGACGCACCCGUUUCAAACCUG